AUGGGAGAACUCCAUAGUUUCCAUAUAUUUUUUCGAGAGUCGUGUAUUCACCGAUAUUUGUGUAGCUCAGCAGCAGUUACUGCUGUGAAGCAUUGUACAGCGUUUGAUCACGGUAGAGAGAAAAAUGCGGCCGAGAUAUCAAGUUCAAAUGAAGAUGGCGCCCCGACUUCUGAUGCAGCUGUCACUGAGGAGUUGGCUAAGUACAAUAUACAAUAUGAAAAGUUACUUAUCGGUUUUAUCUCUGGUCUGACAUCAUUCUGCAAGACAAUACACUUGACUAACGAGUUGGAACGAACUGAAGGGCUAUCAGUUUCAUAUUUCAAUGUUUGCUCAACUUCCAACUUCAAAAUACACUAUUUUGAAACGGUCACAGGGUACAAAUUGGUUUGUAUCACGUCACCCGAGGUACCAAGUCUCGAGUUGACAUUAAAUGCUAUUUAUACAGAUCUAAUCGUGAAAAUGGUGAUUUCAAAUCCACUAUACACAAUUGGCGGCAUGAUUUCAUGCCCGCAAUUUAAAGAAAUAGUAGCUAAAACGCUACUUGCUAACAUGUAA